CAGAAAAUGACUCGAACAGGAGAUAAAAUGUUAUUUGUUAAUGUUUUUGUAAAUGUUACAAAUUGGUAAUAAAAGAAUGUAAUUACAAUGGGUGGUUGUAUAGGAAUAACUAGGAGCAGGAGCGGGCCGAUAGAAGAAUCCUCGGGCACUGUGUCUCGACCGAAUUCAGGUGGCUUGCGAAAGAAUCAGUCACUGUGCCAUGAGACAAUUCGAUGGAAGUCGGACGUGCCACUGACUGAGGGGCAAUUGAGGAGCAAACGCGAUGAGUUCUGGGACACGGCGCCGGCGUUUGACGGCCGUAAAGAGAUCUGGGACGCGCUGCGGGCCGCUGCGGUGGCUGCUGAGGCGAUGGACUUCCAGCUCGCUCAGGCGAUACUGGAUGGAGCCAGUGUUUCCGUACCUAAUGGAUACCUCACAGAGUGCUAUGAUGAAUGGGGAACUAGGUAUCAGGUGCCAAUCUACUGUCUAUCAGCACCAAUAAACAUGGUCAAGGAAGCGAGUGGACGAGAUUCCCCAGCAGACUGUUCGGAGCCAGUGGAGGCUGGCUCCGAGAUGGCGUUGCGACUGCGACUGUCAACAACUUGCAAGGAUCUCAUGCUGCCCGUCGGUUCGAGACACACUAUAGCGCAUUGCAAAGCUAAGUUACAGGCACAAGAGGGCAUAGAGGUGUGGCGGCAGCGCUGGUUCUACGGCGGCAAGCUGCUGGGCGACCGCCUGCCGCUGGAGGACGCGCGCAUCACGCCCGGCUACGUGGUGCAGGUCGUCGUCAGCGACCCGCCGCCGCCCAGCUAGUGGCUCGGCUCCGAACAGAGAUGCUAAAACAAUGUUGAAUCACGCUUCACGAGUCCACACCACGGAACAUCUGAGCUACAUGUUAUUGUAUCAUAAUCAGUAUAAUAUUGAUUUAUUUUUAAAUCGGAGAUUUAAAUCGUUAGAUGUCGCUGUAAUCGAAAUUUUUAUUUAACACGCACGUCCUAAAGAAACUUUGUACAUGGCUUUUAUAGAUAAAAUUUUUGAAUUUUUCAUUCAUUUUUUUUUUUCAUUAAAAAAUCUCGUACGGGGUCGCGUGUUUUUUUUUUUUAAUUUACAGUGUUUAAAUAGUAUCCAAUAAAAUUUUCAGCCUGCGUAUACUCAGCCUUGUACAAUAGUUUCGCGGCUGUUUUAAUUUUUUUUUUAUUUAUACUCGAAGGUUCGUCUAGACUUCUAGAGAUUUAAAUCUUGUGUAAAUAUGAAUAGAUGUGUAUUUGAGGCGGGAUAUCGAGAAUUUAUGUAAAAAUCUCUCUGCACAUAGUUUGUACUUUUCUACGCUAACCGUGCAGGUGUUUCAAAAUAAUUUUGCGGGUAGUUUUACAAAAUAUUUUUAUCUUGAUAUUAGAGUUAUUUUUUAGAUCUUGAUUUUUUUUAUUUAUUUAUAAUAACUCAUUUUUUACUAAGUAUUCCACGCGAGAUAAAUUAUUUUGAAAUACCUGCACGUCAUACUGUAUAUAGAUCUUGUCUGUUAGGAAUUGCUAUUUUGAAUAAGUUCAUUAAGUAUUAUUUUAACAAAUGUAUUGGAAUGGAAAACAUGAAAUUACAUUUACCAAUAUUUUUAUUACUAACUAAAUAAUUAAAUGUAUAAGUGAUAUUAUUAUUUAUUACGAUGGAAAACGUUGCCCCAAAUAGAUACUAAAUUAUUUAUAAACAAUAGUUUUUUUUAUUAUUAUUUAAUUGAUUCCUAUUAACUUCACUGCCGUAUCAAUACUGAUUAUUAUUAUUUUUAUAUAUUCUGACGAAAAAAACGAAUAUAAUUUAGCCGUAAAAAAAUAGACAUCGUUUUGAUAGAAACACAAAUAUUAUUUUAAUUUUAAACAGUCCGAAUUUUGUGUUUUUACCCUAAUUAAUUUCACAAAUGCUAGAUACCUAAUUUCCAGUAUAAAAAGGAAUAUAUUUUCCUUCAUUAAGACAUCUUUAUUAUUAUUACAUACUUAAGUCAUAAAUCUUCUUUAUCAAAAAUAACCGCGCAAUUCAAAUGCCGCGUUUCCCUCGCUCUCGUCUAAAAACUUAGUUUUUGUCAGAAUAUAGGAAUUAUAUUGGUUUAAUGCAAGACAAACUUUAUUAUUAAUAUUUUUAUUAUAUUAAUGCGUUCAUAUAUCAUACAGUUAUUGAUAAAUGCAAGUAUUUGAGGUGCCAUCAAUGCGUAGAUGCCAUGUUUAAAUAAAAUAAAAAAUAUACAUCUUCAAUGUCAUUUUAAAAUUCGUGUUUUAUGCUCUCGUUUUACGUUAUUUUUUACGUUAUUUUUGGCGCCAAACUCUAGAUUGUCUUUUGGUCAUUUUCGAUUGGUGUUAAUUCAAUAAACAGGCCUAAAACAAAAUACCCAUAUGAAAUUACUGAAUUUUUCAAUACAGAACUGUAUUCUAACUAAUUAAAUUGUUAUUUUUGUGUAUCUGAUCAUAUAUGUAUUAUAAAUUAUAAUUGUUAUGGGUUAUGGAAGGCCUUAUUUUAAAUCAUGUAAUCUAUGAUCAUUUGAAAGUAUUUUACGUUAUUUUUUGUUAAUAUUUACUGGUAUCAUGCUCGAUAUGUUUCUCUUUAUUUUUGAAGUAUUUAUCUAUGAUUAUAAGGAUUUUAUGAGGUGUCUAUGGUUGUUAAAACAAUAUUCUAAUUUUUAAUAUGACGUAAGAUUUUAAACUGCGCAAAAACCAUGCAAGGAGGCUUAAUUCUAAUCGUAAUUAAAAUAAAUGCCAUCUUAGGUUACCAAUUUUUAUCAUAGUUAUUUCUAGAAUGCUCAGUGUUGCGACAACUUUUGAAAUAACGACUGACAAUAUAAUUCCGACCAAUUCUUAUACUGUUUUUAUUGCAAAUAUUGUUUUUAAUAACACGGGCAUUUAUUAUUGUGUCUUAUAUCUAUAGAUCUCGAUACUACAUGAAAAUCUCAGUUUACGUGUUUUUUUAUUUAUUUUCAUAUUAAUUCGAAUUGAAGGAAUUAUUGUAUGGUGCUAAAUGUUUUUUUCGCUCAAGUUUUCUGCCUUGUUUUAAUGUUGCCUGAUUGAAAAACUGUAUAUAUGUGGCAAAUAUUCGAAAUAGAAAUAACAACUAGAAAAAAUUAACAAAAAAAAUAACAAAAUUUGUGUGUAUGAACUAUGAACCAUUUUGAGUACGAACAUUUCUUGUUCUAUUAUUAAAAAAGUCAAAUCUUAUUGCAUGUGUACAAUAUUCGUAGUGAAACAGAUAAAAUACUGUCUUAAUAAAUUAAUGCAUACACAUUUGUGGUACUGAUAUAAGAAGGGGUCUGUAAUAUUUGCCAUUGUGAUGUUUCAGACCCUCAUUAUUUACACCCUAUUGCUAUAACAUCUUAAACAUAUUCGAAGCUACAAAUGUUUGUCUUUGUUUUACCUGUGUUCUAUAAUUCGCUAAGAAUCAGUAGUUUCUCAAUAAACGUAAGUUGCUCACUUUAAUUUGAUUAAGUAGAUAUUAAAAUUAUAAUGAGACCAAUAUAUAGAUCAGUUAUGUAAAAUAUCGUUUAUUAUAUAAAUGUUUCAUAAUAUACAUUAAUAUCGGGUAAGCGUCUGAAUUAUGUUUUUUAAUAUAGGAUUAUUUAUCGAGUGUCGAAAAUUCCUUUUCAUUUAUAGUAGACGAUAUAUAUUUAAAAUGGUAUUUGUAACUUACUUAUACGGGUACUGUCCAAAAUUAUAUUUUUUGAAAUCAUGUUUUCAUUGGGUUGGAAAUGUAUAUACUUUAUGUUAUAUUUUUAUGGUGAUGAGCCGUGAUUUUGGGAAAUUUACCCGUUGUUUUUAUUGCAUCAUUCAUAUAUUAUCACAAUUUAUUAAAAAUGUUUGUGCCAUACAUUACAUUCUUCUAUUGUCUUUUAAACUUAAUUUUUCAGUGACUAGUGCAAAUAAUUCAUGUAUUUGACAUUUGUAAGCGUGCUAUCUCACUUGCACUCACGGGUUUUGCGAAUGGCCGCCAUAUUGUUUUCAAUGGCGGCAAAUAAAAAUGAAAUUUCCCAAAAUCGAGUGUCUAUGGCAUUUAGUUGGUUGUGUUGAAUGCUUGCGAUCAUAACUUCAAUGCGCACAUUUAUAUUCUAUUGUAUAAAUUUUUUAAUAUCAGCAUUUGGGAUAAAUCAGUAAAUAAAAAUGAGAUUCUUCGUAAUUAUAUUAUUCACAUGUUGACUCUUGAUUCGUAAACUUUUACUGAUUUAACCCAAGGCAUAUCGUAGUUAAAUAGAUAAUUAUUAAAUAAAUUAUUGUAUAUCAAUAUAUAAAGAGAUAUCUUUA